ACAACCAGUCCAAGUCUCGUCGCCGUUCUCAAAUCCUCGACAUGGCUCGCAAUCGUCCAAAGUCAAGCAUACAGCUAGGCACGAAACCCAUCGACAAAUUCACAUCUUCCCCAAGCUCGCGGCCGAGCUCCAGUUGAAUAUCUGGAAAUACGCAAUUCCCGGCCCAAGAGUGAUCAAGCUCAAGACCCAUGUCCCACACUGGUUGAUGGAUGAGCCAGAAACCUACCCUGACGAUUAUGACUGGGCAGCGGACUAGGUUGCUGCUGUCUAAGCUUUGGGAUUUAGUACGGAUACCAAGCCCUGUGGUCUCCUUGGUGCCUGCGUUACCUCGAGGGAAAUCAUCCUUGGUGUGUAUUAGAGUAUCGUUACGAGCAGGGGUGGCAAAAGGAUUUGAUUUGACGGAGUCAAUAAUACAAUCCUGUUGCAUACCGAAGAGGGCCUGGGAAUGAGCCAGUCACCUCUGGGAAGCGCUGGCAGGGUAUGGUGCAGAGACUACAGCAGCGUCUUUUUCGGCAUCAAGAGGUUGGUCUGGUUUGAGAAGCACUUUUGGACUUGCAACAACCUAUGGGUGCUUACCCAGUUUCAGUCACUGAAGGAGUUUACUCCUUUGCAGAAAUCUCGCAACGGUCCAGUCAAUUUUGAUAAACAUCUUUGGGCAGCUUAUCAAAAGCAAUUGGCGUGUGCGGCGGUGCGGAUUGUUCUCAGCCAGGAAGAAUUAGUCUCGCCACCAAUCGAGAAGUUGGACGAGUGGGAGCUCCAGGAAUUGCAGAGCUACUUGCGAGACAGCCGUCGUGGCCGGUUGCUGUGGGAGCACCAUGAACUCAUUCAAAAUCGGUGGAAGGAAAAGGCACAAUUGGCGGGUUGCGAAAUUCCCGCCAUUAAACGGGGUUAUGUCCUUUGGGAGAGACGCUCCAUUGUCAACGGAACCCUGUGAAUAGCCACAUGUGGACGAAAGAGAACCAAUAAUACAACUCUUCUGUUGUUGCAGGAACUUGGGCAUGGCUCGGAAGUGGAUCAUUAUAUUUCUUGAAACGGAACACUUUGCCGGAGAAAUGAAUACGCAUAUGCUUGCAGGGCUUGUCUGUCGCGCAUAGCAGAGACGAUCGAGGUUGCCGUCGCUGUUUGUUAGAUAAGUAAUAAUUGCCAAAAGAAGCAAAAUUCCCUUUUGCCAAGGAGUUCCGGAUCAGUGAGAGAGAAUAUCCC